AAAAGCAAUGGAUAGAGAGGAACAGUAAUCACAGAUCAGAGGGAUCCCUGCCAAAAAACACAAAACCCUAGAACACAAGGUCCAAUAGCAGCAAGGAACACGGCAAAACCCUCUCUUUCCUUUGCAAGAACAACGACAAUCAAGCACACUCUCACACAACCUUUAUACCUUUUUUUAAAACAAAAACAACAAGCCUACACAUAUUCAGACACAGAGACAGUUAGUGCAGGGAGAAGAAAAAAUAAUAAUUAAUCAAUUAAAAAAUAAAAAAAUUGAACAAGAUCCUCCUUUCCCAGAGAAAGACAGAACCUUUUGCUUUUUAAUGCUCUGCCCCUCUUAAAAGUUCAGUCUUUGAGGCCCCUUCUCUCUUUCUCUCUCCCUCUCUUUACUUUCUUGAAAAUCGUUCUCUCUUUCGUUUUUACUCCCUCUCCCUCUAAAGCUGAAGAGAGAAGAAGCCAUGAAGGAGAAGCUUGAUAUGAAGAGGAAAUGGCAGUAGUAUUGACAAUGGCACAACAAAGCAAGAACAACAAUGCCAACAGUAGCCAUAAUAAUAGUGUUUAUGUAAACAACAGUACUGCAACAAGCCAACAGCAACAAAAACAAGAUUUGAAGGCAAUGUUUCAUGAUUUCUUGGGCAUGAAAGGAACUACAGAUUCACCAGUUGUUUUAGCUCCAAAAAAUAAAGAUGGGUCUCCUUCUGCUUCUGCUUCAUUUGGAGCUUCUUCUGGUGGUGGCCGUGGACCUCUCUCUUCUACCUCUGAUCUAGCUUCUGAAAGGCAGGCUGGAAAUCAUCUUGAGGGGAUUCCAUUUUAUGGUCCAAGGAGUGAUAUUUCUGGUCCUGAGAUAAGCAACAGAUUAGCAGGAAGUAAGCGGAGCAAUUCAGAUUCUGCCUUUACAGGAUCAAGGGAUGGGAUUCCACAAAUGGCUCAUGAUUCCAUCGAGAGCCUGCAUUUGAUGAAGAUGCUAAAAAAUGGAGGUGGCAGAGAACGGCCUAGAAGGUCCAACGAUGACGAGGUUUUCUAUGGUAUGCAGCCAAUGAGGCCGAGUUCUGCAUCUCUCAUACUGCAACCUUCUGCUGGCAGUAGACUUGAUGCCAACGUUUCCAAACAAGAUCGAUCCAUUCCCAUGGGGAUAGGUGCAUAUCCUCCGCGUGGUGGUCAAUUUGUUCCUUUUACGCAUCAAGUUCCCACAAACAGAUUCAGAGACACAAAUGCUGGUCCUUCAAUUGUCUCACAAUCUGCUGCCGAUGAAGGAUCCAGAACUGGAAUCAAAGGCCCUGGAAUUCUGAGUUCUAUAAAUGCUGGCAGCGGUAUCUCUGAGAAAAAUUCAUCCAGAGGGCUGCCUAGUGGUGGCAAACCCAAGACUGGGAUUCAUAUUUCAGAGCCAGAAUCUUCAAAUCCUUUAAGUCGGCAGGGUUUAGCAUCUGCCAGCCGCCAGAUGACUAUAUUUUAUGGUGGUCAAGCUCAUGUUUUUGAUGAUGUCCACCCAAACAAGGCAGAUGUUAUAAUGGCCCUGGCAGGUUCAAACGGAGGAUCAUGGUCAACAACCUACUCCCCAAAACCUACUGCAAGUCCAGGUAGUGAAAGUUACAUGACCAGCGGCGGGGAAUAUGAACUCCGUGGGAGGCUAUCCGUCACCGGCAAUGCUACCCGGGGAGUUGGCUCCAGUGAUCGAAUCUCUACACCAACAGGAGGUCAUCAUGGCAGCAUUGUAAUAGCUAAAGAGACGAGAAACGCAGUUCAGGCAGGCGAACCCAGUAAUGAGGAGAAAUGAGAGGUCUAAACUCUAAAGUUGAGAACUUGAAACAGCCCUAACAUUAUUUUAGAUAACAGCUCUUUAGGAAGAAUGAGCUCUUUUCUCUGGUGUUGCUUAAGCUCUUCAUUCUUGUCCUUUUUUCUUGCUUCUUUUUUGGAAAAGAGCAAGGGGGAGGGGAGCUCUUGUGUAUAGAGGACUUGUAUCAUAAUCAUAAUCAGAUGCCACCAUGACCAAGCUUUUGAUAUAAAUCUAUGUUGUUUAUCAA